AUGUCAGAGUCAACCUCGGCGGAGGCGCUCUUUCGAGCCAACAAGCGGAGGAAGAUUUACAGGAAGCGCAAUGUCGACGACGAAGAUAAUGAAGACCCUCCCGAGAUGAGAGAAACAAAAGAUCCAGAAUCUCCAGCUCAGGAAGAGACGCAAACUGUCAAACGGCCCGCGACCAGGAAGUAUGGCAUCGGAUUCUCCACAGCCGGAAACAAGGCCGUGCCGGAGGAAGGGACCAUUGCGCAGACCGCCAUGGUACCGUUCCAAUCAGAAGACGAUGACAGUUCUGCAGCGCAUGAUCGAUUCAUCAAGCCGGCGGGCAAAGCGGCAGUCGUGGAAGACAAGCACCUGACGGCAUACGUAGACUCGAAAUUGGCUGAACUGCGCUAUUCAGCUUCUACACCAAAUGCAAAUCAGACUGAGUCUGUAUCAGUGAACUCCUUCAAACACAUCGCCACUCAGGGGGAUAUUGGAGCUGAUGGAGAGCAAACCUCUACGUCCAACGCUUUGACAGGGCAGCAACCAGGACAGCGCAAUGCCCAGCGUGUCAGACCAACAAAACAGCGCCGGGGACCGCCACAGAGAGACGCACACGAUAUUGCCCGAGAUGCCAUGGUAGAUCAAAUCAUGCGAGAGAGCCAGGUUCCAAUCUACGAGCAGUCCAACUCCAAGGCGAAUGAAGUGCAACCGGGAGACUUCGACGCCGACGCAGCAGCAGAAGAAGCAUUCAGAGCAGAGUUUCUUCGUAGCUUGGAAGAGCAACAGAAUCGACGACGCCCAGCUGCGCCGCCAGUACAGCAGCGAGGUGCGCCACCUGUUCCGACCGGGCCGAAACUGGGAGGCAGCAGAGCUCAACGUGAGAAGAUGAAAGCGAUUGAGGAGGCGAAGGCGGCAGGCAAAAGUGUUGAUGCUGUUCCGAAACGUAGAUGA